CACCCCUCUAUUUUGAUUCCUAUCAUUGCAUACCACCACCACAACCAGCUGCUCAGGAGAUAUUAUCUCUCUCUCUAGAAACCGUUUUCUUCCUCCCCUCACUUUCUCUCUCUAAAAUCGGUUACCAAUUUCAAUCGGCCAGUUCAGGCAUUCAAUUCCGAUCUCGCACCGGAAGCUAGGGUUUCCGUUUUCGGAUUUCUAUCUGCUUUUGCGUCUCCGAUUUGAUUUCAUAUUUUCGUUGAAGUUUUGUUAUGUCGAACAGAAGAGGACGAGAUUCGCUUAACGGCGGCUUGGAUCCAUCGUCUACAGCAGAGCAACCGUGAGGAUCGAUUGCUGCAGUGGCUGCAGGCUCUUGACAUGCAAGUCAUGGGAGCGUGCCGCGCCGACGAGAGGAUGAAGCCUUUGCUGAAGAUGAACGCUGCGUGUGGUGUCGCCGAAGAUCAUCUGCUGACUCAAUUGAGUCAGCAUUUCGAGCCAUCGGAGGUUGGAAUGCUAGCCAGAUGCUUCUGCGUGCCACUUGUUUCGGUCCGCGUUGGGAAGAUUAACAAGGAAGGCACACGAUUAUGUCCAACUGCUAUUAGGGGCAACCUGACACUUGUAUUACUGCCAAGUUCUGAUCUUCGCCUUUCCUUCAUUGGGGAUGAUGGCAAAGUAGAGCGAAUAUUUACAUUUUCCAAUGAAUUGCAUUGCUCUGCAGUUCUUGUUGAUGAAAUCUCAUCCGACCCUUCUGGUCGAUCCUUCAUUGUAAGAACUCCAGAUAGUAGAACAUUUUACUUCUGGUGCUCAGAGAAGUCUAAGCUUUUGGGAGUUGAGUUACUUGGAAAGAUGAAGGAUCUGCUAAAGAGGAAACCAUCCAUCGCUGAGUUGAGUGGCAUUAGCAAGUCUCGGCUUGAUUGCUUUGCAACUCAGCUUCGUGCAUAUCUUGUGGGGUCUGCAGAAAGUUCAAUGUGUGCUUCCCCAUGUGCUAACUCCACAUCCAGCUGUAAUUCAGCUGUUGAAAAUUCACCCAUCUCGACAAAAUUUCCUCGAUCUCGAAAUGUUGGAGGUCAGGCAGGGAAGGGAGAUAGCGCCGUUUAUCAGAAUAUACUUAGUCCAAGGUCUAGUUCUUUCAAAGAGGCACCCCCAAGGAUGUCUCCCCACAGGAUUGCUGCCAGGGAGAAAAUUAAACGCCGAGGUGACAGCCAUCAGUCAUUUGUUGAUAACUCGAUAAAUGAUUCAACAAACAACUUGGAUUUAUCAUCAACUUUGGAUCAUAACAAGGUUUCUGAAGUUGCGCAUAGUUUAGCAUAUCCUUCCUCAAAUUUUCUUGAAUCACUAGGGAAGCUUGCUACUCCAUCUAAUGUUAGCAUAGCAGGGAGAAUCCCUCCCCUUGUGUCACCCCUUCUUUCUCCCUAUUAUUGCUGGUGUCCAGCUGGGAUUUCAAGUAUUCCAUCACUUGGAUCACUUCCACAAUCCUCCGACUCAUCUAUUGACUCACCUUGUCCUUCAGGUGCCUCUCUGUUACCCAACACCCUGCCAGCCACCCUGUUGGAGCCUGUACAGCCUCUUGAUAUUAGUGCAACCAUGGAUUUUCCUCCAUUUCUGCCUGAUCCGUUGGUUAGAAUGUCAUUACCAACGUCUCAGCAGAUUCCUACUUUCACACCGUUGAUGUGUGAUCCAAUUGUACAUGUUCCAGUAAUUGAUGUUUGCUCUUCAGGUCAGGGCUAUCUUGUGAGUGCUGGCCCUGCUAUGUCAACUAGCAUCCCUCCAUUGCAUCCAAAGCUUGUGAACCCACUGAUUCCUGAAUCUGAUUCUGUGGUGAAGGGUGCGAGAGAAACUCUAAGGUUGCUGAUUAGUGGUUCAAACCAGAGUAACCAACAGGUUAUUGGGGAUCCUCUUCCAGCAAUUUUAACUAAUCCCAAUGAAAAACCGAACAACCUACUUGUUGCCGGAAGCCGUGGUCUUUAUACUGGUACCAGCGACAUUGGUGUUAUUGCAAACAGCAUUGCUGCCAUGGGAUUAGCAUCACUUACCGGAGUGUCCAAGGCAGUUGGGGAGAGUGCGUCAGAUUUAUGUGGCAAAUACGGUAUUUCCGAUUUAGAGGUGAAGAAUCCUAAUGAUGCAGGUGGUGGUUUUUCAGAUGAAGAGGUGCCUUCUUUUGAACCGAAGCAGGAAUAGCGAUAUAGAUGCAACGAUGUUUUCCUUGUAGAUGUUGUCCAUCAAAUGUAGAUAGUACCGUAGCCCUUCGGGAUAGGUUUAAGUCCGUAAUUUCACCAUUGUUCAGCCUUGUUCCACCUGUUAAUCAUGGCUUUAUUAAUUCUCUUAAUUUGCAAUCUGGGGAAUGAGAUUUUGCUUAUACUGUA